AUGGCUGACGAGUCGACACUUUCCAACCGAUCGGCAGAGAGCAAACUGCAAGCCGCAACGGAGUUCUUUCAACGGAAGUAUAAAUCUGUAUCGAACGCAGAGAACUCUCAGAGGGCUUACAAGCCCAAUGCUCUUUUUUGCCUGAAAGAGAACAACAAACUACGUGUGAACUGCAAGAAAAUAGUCGAUUCUAAAUUUUUUGAAACAUCUAUCCUCCUUAUUAUUGCUGCGAACUGCAUUGUAUUAAUACUUGAUACUCCAUUGCCAAAAGGGGACUCAACUGAUUUAAACAAAACGCUGGAGCAGGCGGAAUACGUUUUUGUUGUUAUCUACUGUCUCGAAUCCGCGCUGAAGAUUAUUGCGCAGGGGUUCCUCUUUCACGAACAAGCGUAUCUGAGAAAUGGAUGGAACAUCUUAGAUUUUGCAGUCGUCGUUGUUGGUUUGGUAGGCAUGGUCUGGGAUCUCGAUGGAGCAGGCAAUAGGAAUCUUAACCAGCAAAAAGAUUCCCUCAAAGUACUUCGAGCCGUCCGAGUUCUUCGGCCUCUCAAGAUUGUGUCCGGCAUUCCAAGUCUUCAAGUUGUGAUGAAGACAAUAUGGCGGGCUAUGAUUCCUCUAUUACAGAUUUUAUUACUCAUUAUUUUUGUUAUUGUAAUAUACGCCAUAAUCGGGCUCGAAUUGCUAAAGGGGAAGUUCCACAGCACAUGUUACGACGCCAACGAUCGAAUGGAAAAGGGAUAUUUGUUUCCCAAGAUUUGCUCCAAUGACAGUGCAGGACGGCAGUGCUCCGAUGGACACACAUGUAAAACUCUGGACCACAUAUGGCCCGGACCUAAUAAGGGCAUUACGAACUUUGAUAAUAUAUUUCUAUCGAUGUUAACAGUUUUCCAGUGCAUAACGAUGGAGGGCUGGACAGACAUCAUGUACCACAGCUACGACGCACGUGAUUACAAGCAAGGCGUGGUCACUUCGAUCAUAUACAUAUCACUGAUUAUCAUUGGCUCGUUCUUUAUGCUUAAUCUCGUUCUUGGUGUACUCAGUGGGGAAUUUGCGAAGGAAAGAGAACGCGUGGAAAAUCGUCGUAAGUUUUUCAAACUCCGACAUCAGCAGCAGAUGGAGAGACAACUCUCCGGAUACAUGGACUGGAUCGCACGUGCUGAGGAUAUAAUGCUCAAAGAAGACAUGAAACAGCACGGAGUAGGGGAGGGUGGCCCUCGAGAUCCGCUCAGAAAGCGAACAAGUCUGUCAGACUCACUGGCGCACCUUGUAGAAGAUCAGAAAAUGUUCCUCAACAGGUUGAAGGAGAAGAAGAAAAAGGACUCACAAGAUAGGUCAAGUAGUAUAAUGGAAAAGAUAAAGAAUCAACUCCUGAGACGGAAAGUAAAAGUCAUGGUCCGGAGUCAGAUAUUCUAUUGGGCCGUCUUAGUUUGUGUCUUCCUCAACACAGUUCUGAUGUCCUUUGAACACUACGGCCAGCCCGACUGGCUGGAGAGGACGCAGACGAUUGCAGAGAAGGUGUUCCUAGGAAUCUUCAUAGCUGAGAUGUUGUUGAAGCUCUACGGUCUGGGCGCCACACAGUACUUUAAGUCUUCAUUUAAUCGCUUUGACUUUGUGGUGGUUCUUUCGGGGAUUGUGGAAAUGUUUCUCCAGAAAUAUCUUCAUAUCAGCUUUGGUAGCAGUGUACUUCGUAGUCUUCGUCUUCUUAGGAUAUUCAAAUUUACAAGAUUUUGGUCGUCGCUGCGUAACUUGGUGACUUCACUUCUAAGCAGCAUGCGCUCAAUCUUGAGUUUAAUCUUUCUUCUCCUUCUCUUCAUAUUUAUUUUCGCUUUGCUUGGAAUGCAGCUAUUCGGUGGAAGGUUUAGCACCACGCUAGACGCUCCUCGCACAAACUUCGAUAAUUUCGUAAAAGCAAUGCUCGCAGUUUUCCAGAUAAUGACUGGGGAGGACUGGAAUACAGUCAUGUAUAAUGGAAUCGAGGCUGCCGGCGGCCCGAAAAAUGUGUUCGGCAUUCUUGGAUCGCUGUAUUUUGUUGCACUUGUUAUUGUAGGAAAUUAUACACUUUUGAAUGUCUUCCUUGCUAUCGCAGUGGAUAACUUAGCUAAUGCGCAGGCUUUAACACGUGACGAGGAGCAAGAAGUGCGCAUGCGCGAGCAGAUAAAAAAGCGUCGUAAUGAGAAGCGUCGUAACGGUUGGGCUAAAGCCAAACAGCUGCCCAUGAUAAUGGCCAUCGCCAAGCUCAACCACAACAGUAAAAACAACCCCUUUCCUGAGGUGAAGCCCGUGUAUCACUCACCAAGCAGGGGUGCUGGUGGAUGGAACAAGAAGAGUGCGCUCAAGUUGAAGCGACAGACGACUGAGGACACGACGUCUGAUGCUCUCCAGAAUGGUCGCAUCUCAAGACAGGAUACGCAAGAUAAUGCGCUAACGGAUCCUGUUACGGAUCGCGAAGAUGAGGACGAGCCCGCUGACAUGCCAACGCCAGAAAUGGUUCGUACUCCUCGACGUAGUUUGGCGAUAAGCAGCUUGCGAAGCGCUGGUCGAAUCAUCCGAAGGCGCAACAUUCAUCGUACUUCACCUAUCAUUCGCAAAAGCUCUAUGUUCAUAUUUGGACCCGAUAACCCAAUUCGUCGCUUAUGUCACUGGGUGGUGAACUUGCGCUACUUCGACACCUUCAUCCUGUUCAUCAUCCUCAUCAGCAGCGUGCUCUUGGUGUUUGAGGAUCCUGUCAGUACCAACAGCCAGACGAAUACGAUUCUUGGCUACUGCGACUAUGUGAUCACCGCGAUUUUUGGUCUAGAAGUUUUAUUCAAGGUGAUCGAUCUUGGGGUGAUUCUUCACAAGGGAUCAUACUUUAGAGAUGCCUGGAAUGUUAUCGAUGCAUUUGUCGUCGCGUGUAACAUUGCUGCUCUGGUUCUCAAUGCCAAAGCUGUAGCUGACAAAACCAGCAAUACGUCUGUUCAGGAAGCCAUCAAAUCUUUUCGUGUUUUGAGAGUGCUACGACCUGUUAAAGCCAUCAACAAGUCGAAAAAACUUAAGACCGUCUUCCAGUGCAUGGUGUACUCGCUGAAGAACGUUCGCUUCAUCCUACUAAUUAAUCUUCUAUUCUACUAUAUCUUCGCUGUCAUAGGAGUGCAGCUCUUUAAGGGGAAGUUUUUCUACUGCACAGAUAUGUCCAAAAUGCAAAAAUCAGAGUGCAAGGGUCACUUUUUUCGCUAUAUGGUCGGCGUGGACAGUCAAGUCAGCUUGGAUAAUUUUGAGCUCGGAGAGCGAAAUUGGACACGUUGGCACUUCAACUUCGAUGACGUUCCCAGCGCUAUGUUGACAUUAUUUUCAGCAUCUACAGGCGAGGGCUGGCCCACCGCGAUGUACCACACGGUGGACGCCACGCAUGUUGAUAGGGGUCCUCGGCGCGAUAAUAACAUCCAGAUGUCUAUCUACAUGGUGUGCAUCGUGGUCAUCUUCUCCUUCUUCUUCCUCAACAUCUUCGUCGCGCUCAUUAUCGUCACAUUCCAAGAACAGGGCGAAAAGGAGAUGGUGGGAUGCGAGCUGGACAGAAACCAGCGUGACUGUAUACAAUUUGCGAUGACGGCAAGACCAAGGCAGCGGUAUAUGCCCGAAAACCAAAAGACGUGUUUCUACAAAGUGUGGUGUGUUGUGGACUCCAAGCCGUUUGAGAUCUUUAUUAUGACCAUGAUUGUACUGAACGCCAUCGUGCUGAUGAUGACGUAUCACGGCGCGACGCAAGAGUUCAAUAACAUCAUCGAGUACGUGAACAUGGCGUUCACCUUCGUGUUUUUGUUCGAGGCCAUCCUUAAACUGAUCGCCUUCAAACUCAAUUAUUUCCGUGAUUACUGGAAUGUGUUUGACUUCAUCAUCGUAGUGACGACACUUGUCGGUGUUCUUCUUGAGCUUGUGCAGGAUACGAAAAACCAGCUCGACAUCGACCCAAGCUUCUUCCGGCUGUUUCGUGCGGCUCGUCUCGUCAAACUUCUAAGACAGGGGUACACGAUCCGCAUACUACUCUGGACAUUCCUGCAGUCCUUCAAGGCUUUACCGUACGUAGUGAUGCUCAUAGCGAUGCUGUUCUUCGUCUAUGCUGUCAUUGGCAUGCAGCUUUUCGGACGCAUCGCCAAAGGCAUUCCUAACAGAGAAAUCAAUAUACAUAACAACUUCCAGUCGUUUUUCCAAGCCUUGCUGGUCCUGUUUCGUGCUGCCACCGGGGAGAACUGGCAUCUGGUCAUGUUAGCGUGCUUUGAUAACGCACCGUGCGAGAAAGGCGGAAAAGCGUGUGGCAACACAGCGGCUUCGAUCAUCUACUUUAUAACUUUCUACUUCUUCUGUUCAUUUUUGAUGCUGAAUCUAUUUGUUGCUGUUAUCAUGGAUAAUUUCGAAUAUCUCACUCGCGAUGAGUCGAUCCUAGGCCCCCAUCACCUCGACGAAUUUGUCCGUGUGUGGUCUGAGUACGACCCUGGAGCCACCGGUCGAAUAAAGCACACCGACGUUUACCAUCUGAUGUGUGAUAUGUCGCCUCCAGUGGGUUUCGGCAAAAAGUGUCCGAAGUUUAUAGCAUACAAGCGCCUCAUCAAGAUGAACAUGCCUAUAAUGGGUGAUAACACCGUCCUGUUCACCGCUACGCUUUUUGCACUCAUCCGCACGGCGCUUGGGAUAUUCAGCACUGGAGACCCCGCGUACGCUGACAGCGAGCUCAGACGCACCAUCAGGCGCUUGUGGCCCAAGACGAGUAAGAAGACACUGGAAAAAAUGAUACCUCUUCAGUCAGUUCUUAGCUCUCAGCAAAUGACGAUCGGGAAGAUCUACUGCGCGAAAUUGAUUUACGAAAACUAUAAGCACGCCAAAAAGAAGCGAAUGGAACGGAAGAAAAAGGGUCGACGUCCGUCGCUGUUUCGGCGUUUUGUCGGGGCAUUUCGGAACAACCCAUCCAAUUCGGAAGCCGAGGACGAGGAAUCGGAACUACGAGCACCGCCCGAUUAUCUGAGCCACCGUCGGCGAUCCAAGACGCUGUCUUCUCUCCCAACAUUCAUCCACAACGAACCAGAAACCACUACAAACAACAAGAGGAGAAUGCAUAGGUCACUCAAAUUUUUUCGAAGGCCGUUUGGACGCACCGAAAGCAAUAGUGACACCGACGAGGCUAGAAGUGCCAGGAAGACGGUCCACUUCAAGGACGCACCAAUGGAUCUGACAGACAUCAACCCGACCAUCAUAAGCACAGACACCGAGGACGACGACCAAGGUGAACCAGUGAACAGAAAGCGCAAACCCUCCAAACUCGGCUAUAAAAACCCUGUGGCAUUAGAAGAUGCUCAGAGUGAGAUAAGCAGUUCCAUGGAGAGUCAUCCAUCACGCUCGUCCCAGGACCCCCAGUCGCCGCUCUCACCUCCCAUGGUGCAUAUCGAGCUACACCCCCCGCUCACGCUUGAGCCCCAGUCUCUCGUUGUCAACGAUGACAGGGGGAUGAUGCGACUGGACCCGUUCCCUGACGUAAUCAAAUCUGCAGCGAACAGCCCAAUCACCGAGUUCUUCCCGCGGGUCGCUCCCGCUAAUCCCGCGGAACGAAGAUCAAGGGAAAUCAUCAAUCAAAUAAAUGAGGAAAUAACUCAAGCCGUGCGUAGUGGGCAGAGUGCAUACUUUAUAUUUGGAAUGUUUGAUAAUGAUGAAGAAACGUGGUGUUAAGGUGACCUUGAACUGGUGGUGGAGUACCCAGAUUACCUGUUGUUUACCGGCAGGGUAUUAUCAACUGGGGCACUCCAAUAUUGAUGAGGUAUCCCGACGUAAAAAGAGUCUAAAAAGCGCAUGCAAGGAGAAACAUGGAUACUCUAGUAAAAUUACUCUAGCCGUGUAAUUGGCACUUUGCGUUUAAGAGACUUGGAUGCCACGUAACCAAACAACCGACAAUUCUCUUAACAAGGGUAUAAAUAAUUUAGAUAAAAAUUAACAAAGAAAAAUCAAAACAGCCUAAAUAGCACGGUUGUGGAAUCGAAAGAUGAACGAGUUGAAUUGCCUGUAAAAGUUUGUCAUAUCAAACCCUUCGUACCUGCUGUAAACCAUGACAGGAAGGCGUCUAGGGCUUUUUAUUUCACUACAAUCGCUGUUAAAACCCAUAAAAUCAUACUAUAUUUAUUAAAAACAUGAAGAUAAAAAAAGAGGUGUAGCCAUAUUUUUCAGACAUUUCAAUAUGGCCGACCAGGACCAAUUGUCCAUGGCAAUAUAAAAGUGUGGCUACGUCUCUAUCUGGCAAAGCAUUAAAAGCGCAGCCAAUAGCUGUGAUUAGAGGAUUUUAUUACCUGACUAUGUGCAAUUUUAUAACAGAGAAAUUUAAUAAAUUUUAUAUUAAAAGGA